AAAACGAAUCGUUGAGUAGUUAAAUUUAAAUUUAGAUGAAAGAUUCGUUAUAUUUUGUUCAACAGAAUUUAGUUUUCACACGAAGUGUGUCUUCACUUGCUCGCUAUAAUAUUUUAGCUCAACAAAUCACACCAGUUUCGAGCAGUUUGUCGAGUUCCAAUUGAGCAUCAAUGCCGGAUUGUUUAACAGUAUAAACACAGUGUGAAGAAGAAUAUAACAAAAUUUUCAUUCCUUGCUUCCAUGCACGCCAUAUAGGAGAAGAGUUUCUAAGAAAAUCAUAGAGAGUCUGUUUAAUCGAGAGAAACAUUCGAGUGUUAGCCGGGGUUCAGAGUGCAAAGUCUCACUUAACCGCGUAUCCUCUCUCGCUCCCGCUAGCCAGACGCUCUCUGACAUGAUGAGACGACUGAUAUUAUGGUAGGUUAAAUGACUCUCGGGGUGCGUGAAGAAGAAUUGAAUGAGCAGCAUAAUAGCGAAAAAGUUCAGUGGAAUGGAAUUAUGUGGCGUGUUUGUGUUUGUGUCAGCAGGUUGGUUUUGAAUGAAGUAUGGUUAAGACGAAAGACGAGAGCCAGAACGAGUGAGUGAGUGAGCGAGUGAGUACGCUCGGUACGGAAUAGGCAGCGGCUAUGAAGAGGGUCUUCGUUCGAUGCAUACUUGGUGGUGGCCCAAAGCAAAGAGACCAGUUUAGUUCUAUUCGAACGGUCUUCGAGGACGGUACGUUGUUUCGAGCGCGCUUCGAAUCUUGAAAAAUUCUGCGACGGCAUAGUAGGCAACGGCACACAACUCUCGCAAACCGUGUGUGUGCGCUUCAGAACAUAAAAAAGUCGAAGAAAUUAUGAGUUGAAGCUGUAUUACAAAAUCAGGAGGAGGAGUACUACACUACUCGAGGCGCAACCAAGCGACGACGGUAGAUUCACAGUGCAUGAGCUGUGCAUGUUUGUUUGUGUGAUGCGAGGAAGCUGUGCUGGCUCAGGCGAACCGGGGAAGAGUGUCUUGAAAGUAUGAUAAAGUGAAGCUGCUGGAAGCCAAAAUAUAGAAUUGAAAAAGUUUUCGCUUAUGGCGAAUGGCAAGAAAUAAGUGCAUGUAGUGUGGUAUCUGCAUUAAGUAGAAGCUAUCAGUGAUAUUAGCAAGAAAGUUCCUAACAUCUUGAGAGAGAUAGAAAAAAAUUUAUAAAGAGGGUGAAAAGAAUCAACGAAAAUCAUCAUCAUGUCCUCCGCCAGCAAAAGUAACUGCUCGCGGGCAUUCCUAUCGGUGCCGUGCUGCUACUUGCUCGUCCUGGUGCUGAGCGCUCACCUGGCAAGUGGGGACCGUUUCGGUGUGCCACCGAGAGCUGGCAGUUCUUCCGGGGCGGUUGAAGCAUCAAGUGGCGAUAAAAUGUCAUCUUCAGCUGCCGUUUCGGUACCACCUCCGCACCGGUUCCAUGCUAUCUUCCGGGGCUCUUCACCAGCAUCAUCAUCGGUGGUGACAUCGGCGGAAACAGUUUCCGUUGCCGCCGCCGCCGAACGCCAGCGAUCACCUGCGACUGGAAAGAAGAUGCUGGCUAUCAUUGCUGGCAGUUCCAGUACGGCACGGGCUGGCAACAGUACCGUCAAUAAUGGUACCAACAACCAUAAGAGCCGUGCCACUACCAAGCUGUGUCGCGAAGGUUGCUUGGAAAAGCGUUCCAUCAAGGACAUUCUCUGCACUCAGCAGCGAGAGUGCGCCAUGUGCUGGGACGUGUGCAACCGUAACCACCAGAUCCGUAAGGAGAACGAACUGGCGCAACGUUUACUGCUCAGUCUGAGCCGGAUGGUUCGCAACGAGUCUGUCGUGACGGCCGACAUCGAGUGGACCACGCCGGAGGAACUGCUAGAACAUCAGCCCCAUUCGGUGGUUCCGUCGCCGUUGGCAGCCAGUGAAAAUGUCGAACGGCUGUCGCGGAUCGCACGGGAUGAUGCCAAUCCCGGUUCGUCGGUGUCCAAAAUCAUUCAAGCUCUCAGUCAAGCUGCGGCAGCAGCACCGGAUACAAAACCGGGCACCACCACCGACAAACAAACGUUCCACCAGUGUCUCGUCUCGUGGGAAAUCUCCGGAGGUGGUCUCACCGGAAAUCUGCUAACCGAAACUGCCAAAGUGGAACUGUCGCUGUGGCCCAACACCAAAUACCACGUGCACGUGACAUGUCGGAAUAAGGAAACCGACCAACUCAUCCGAUCGCCCCCGCUGCUAAUCGACACCAGCGAGGCAACGAUCGUAAGUCUUCAGGGGACGACCACGACGCUACGGCCCCUAUCGAUCAAUUCGGUCAUCGAGGAGAUUGAUGUGGUACAAGCAACGUCCUACUCGAACGAAGGUGAAAACUCAUCACCGACCGAGACUCGCCAACAACAACAGCAGCAACUGCAGUUCCGUCGUCCACAUCUGUGGCCAAUCUACAACUCCGAACUGCCGGAAAACUCGAAAGAAAUUCUCAUCCUCGGUGUUUUCGUUGCCAUCCUGGCUUUCGUGCUGAUCGUGCUGACCGUGGUGAUUUUGGUCCGGCGGAAACAGGAACAAAUCGAAGACCGGGAACUGCUGAUCGAGAGCGAGAUCCUACCGAAAAUUCUGCACGUUUGAUAGGAUACCGGCGACGACGACGACCGAACCCGAAAAUGUUUUCUGUAAAUAGCUGUUUUUUUGUCUUGCUCCUUCUCUCCUGUCCCCCUUCUUAAAUUUUAAUUUUAUCUUAAAAACGAAAAAAAAACAACAAAAAAAAACACGAAUUCAGUAGACUACCUACUUCUCUCGUUCUAACCAGUUCUAUUUGUAAAUUAUUGAGUUCCGUAGGUUUGUUUUUACUAGGACACUUUUUUCGUUCGUUAGUUAUUGCGCUGUAUUGGCUAAAUAAUAACAUAUGGAAAAACAAAACAAAACAAAAAAAAAAAAAACGCAGUAUGUAGUGGUUAGUAGCAGUGGUAUAAAAUUAAAUAAAGAAUAAAAAAAAGAUACUAGUCCUCGUAUGCAUGUGUGGUGAGCCCCCGUAAGUGAGCGAGUAAGUAGUGAGACUGUGACAUCAUGAAUGAAAUACUCAGAGCCAGAGGUUUGACUAUUGGAAUGGUUAAAUUUAGCAGUGGUUAUGUUUAGUUAGCUGAGUUAGCAAGCUGAAGGAAGGAGAGAACAAAAGAGAAAAGAAAAUGAAAAGUUUAUCAAAGUUACUAGGAAAAAUUGCGCGCGAGCAAAUUUGAAUAAUGCUGUAAAAUAGUGCAACAAUACAAAACAAAACAAAAAAAAAAACCAAUCAUCUAUGUGUACAUUGUGUAAAAAGACUGAAAAUACUGUAAAAUAAAAUAAUUCGAAGUGAAUAAUCUUGAAAACAUAAAACAAAAA